AUGUCUGCUGCAACAAGUUCGAUAUCGGCUCAGCCAGUGGAUACCUCAAAUACUCUCUCUAUGCCUCCGCUCUCCAUGUGGCCUCACCCGAUGUUCGGCAGCAAUAGCCAUCGCAGCCUCCGCCUCAUUAAUGCCCACCUCUUUGGAGCCGGUCGGAAGGAUUUCUUGAUCCUGGAUGCAUGCAGAACUGGCAUUGCCUUAUUGUUAGUUGCCAGGAUUUCUCAUAUCUGGAGGGACGAGGUCAAAUUUUAUGAUUGUCUUAAUGUUCUUCCUUCUCUUCUUAAGAAUGGUCUGCCAUUGUCGGUGCGGCCUCAGCAGACUUCUUCGUCUGGAUGUGAUGAAGAGGGCACAUCGGCUUCAGCAGCAGCAGCAUCACCUGAUGGGACGAAAUCAGGUGUUGCUGCUGCCUCGACGACGACGACGACGACAACAUCAGAGGAGACGGUUGCUGAAACUGGAGUGAAGGGAUCCGCCGCUGUACUCCAAGGGGGAGGAGAGACCUCGACUCCUCGAGGUGGAAGUUCGGGAGCUGCAGAGAAGAGAGCUGCUGCCGGUGACACUCCUGCCGGGGCUCCACCACCUGCCAAGAGGGCCUGGCGAGAUCAGCCCCAUGUGGGCAAGUACAAACUCAUUCGUACCCUUGGAUCGGGCAAUUUCGCCAAGGUCAAAUUGGCGCAGCACAUCACCACAAAAAAGGAGGUCGCUGUGAAAGUGAUCGACAAGGGCAAACUCAAUCAUGCUAGUCUUAGUAAACUCUUCCGCGAGGUCAAUGUCAUGAAACAGCUCAAUCAUCCCAAUAUAGGUGAGUGCCGUUCUUUCCUUUCUGUAGUUCUCUUAAAGGUGUUCGCCAAGCUUAUUGGUCAAAAAAAUUGA